CUUCCAAAGCAAGCUUCCCCAGGAAAAUGGGCACCCAGGGAAAAGUUAUUAAAUGCAAGGCAGCCAUUGCCUGGAAAACUGGCAGUCCCCUUUGCAUUGAAGAAGUUGAAGUGUCUCCUCCUAAAGCUCAUGAAGUUCAGAUUCAGGUAAUCGCCACUUGCGUGUGCCCUACUGACAUCAAUGCCACCAAUCCUAAGAAGAAAGCUCUUUUCCCAGUAGUCCUUGGCCAUGAGUGUGCAGGAAUUGUAGAAAGUGUCGGACCAGGAGUGACCAACUUCAAACCAGGUGACAAAGUAAUCCCAUUCUUUGCGCCCCAGUGCAGAAAGUGCAAGCUCUGUCUGAAUCCUCUCACAAACCUCUGUGGAAAACUCCGAAACUUUAAAUACCCCACUAUUGAUCAGGAGCUCAUGGAAGACAGAACCAGCAGGUUUGCCUGCAAAGGAAAAUCAAUUUACCAUUUCAUGGGAGUCAGUUCAUUCUCUCAGUACACUGUGGUUUCAGAGGCCAACCUUGCCAGAGUAGAUGACGAGGCAAACUUGGAGAGAGUGUGUCUGAUUGGAUGUGGGUUCUCAUCAGGCUACGGGGCUGCCAUCAACUCUGCCAAGGUCACCCCCGGUUCCACUUGUGCUGUCUUUGGCCUGGGGUGUGUAGGUCUUUCUGCUAUAAUUGGGUGUAAAAUGGCAGGUGCUUCCAGAAUCAUAGCUAUCGACAUCAACAGUGAGAAGUUUCCAAAAGCCAAGGCCCUGGGAGCAACUGACUGCCUCAAUCCCAGAGACCUAGACAAGCCUGUCCAGGACGUCAUCACUGAACUGACGGAUGGAGGUGUGGACUUCUCCCUUGACUGUGCAGGAGCAGCUCAGACCUUGAAAGCAGCUGUGGACUGCACGGUAAUAGGAUGGGGGUCGUGCACUGUGGUUGGAGCAAAGGUUGACGAAAUGACUAUAUCCACCGUGGACGUUAUAUUGGGCCGUUCUGUAAAUGGAACAUUCUUUGGUGGCUGGAAAAGUGUAGACUCUGUCCCAAACCUGGUUACUGACUACAAGAAUAAGAAAUUCAAUCUGGACUUACUGGUGACCCAUGCCCUACCUUUCGACAAAAUCAAUGAUGCAAUUGACCUGAUGAACCAAGGAAAAAGCAUCCGAACAAUCCUGACCUUUUGAAGAUGGCAGAAGCAACUUGGAAUGUUAUCUGAUUGGAUCCGAGCCCAUCUGGAUGAUUUGUUACCUCACAUGAUGAGCCAAAGAAGGCUAUGAAUUUAAGCAUGUAUUUACACUUCAUAUCAACACAAAUGAACUAUAAAUUAUAUAUUCACUCUU